AAAAAAAAUAUGGGGAAGGGAAAAAGAAAAUGAAAUAAAAAUUACAUCUUUUUUAAAGGGGCUGCAGAUGAAUUGUCAAAAAAAAAAAAAAAAUACAAAAAGAUACUGGCGAGCUUGUUACAAAUUGACUGCUUUCAUUCACGGGCGGCGACUUAAAAAAAAUCUAUUGCUUCUGAUGGGGAACUUGACAGUGUUUUGUCUGAGGCAUUUCUUCGAUUGGCGAAUGGGCCUGAAAAUAGCCUAUUUUUCGAUCCGCAAUUGUUUCCGUAAAUUAUUCAUUUUCGGUUUAGCCAGGUAUUGUUGCAAAUCGUGUAACGACAGGACCGAAUGGUCAAGCUACGGUUUCAAAGUGCUUAAACGAAAUUAUCAUAUGAGGAUGACGCUAUUCAAUGAAAAAACGAUCGUGUUCGUCUUUAUCUGUAUACUUUCCUCUAUCUAUGUUUGUCUUGCUUUUCUUUUUUUUUUUUGCAUUACAAAAUUAACAGUUACGCACUCGGGAUUUUUUUGGUUCUGCUGCUCAUUUAUCAGUGAUAAAUUGAAUACAGAAAAUAUAUAUACAAUAAGGAGCCUCCAUAGGGUGGUUUCCUUCUUUUUGUUCCUCUCAUUAGAUAGAAUAAAGGAACGAAGCAAGGAGAGACGAAAACGACGUUACUUUUUUUUUCGCCACUGAAUGACCGACACUGCCAGGGUGACCGGUGACUGAUCGACCGACGCUUGAUUUCUCAAAACAUGAAAAAAAUUUGUUUCACCCUACGUUAUCGAAACGAAUAUGCACAUCAAUAACGUGCACGCUUGAUCAUCAUACGCUUGAUCAUCAUCCUAAUAAUUCUGGUCAAAG